AUGGACGGAAUGCCAUGGAAUCUGAUUAGCGGGGAGUUUGCAAAAACACCAAACCUCGACAAAGUCGCGAAAAAUGGGGUAACAGCGAAGUACAUCAAGACAGUAGUCCCGAGCAAAACAUGGCCGACGCACGUAUCAUUCGUCACUGGUUUGUAUCCUGAGUCACACGGGUUGGUUUCCAACAAGUUUUGGGAUCCAGUUUACGAUGAAACGUUUAUCCUGGAGUAUGACUGUACGACUUUUGACCCAAAAUUUUACAACGAAUCCGAACCUAUAUGGCUGACACUGGAGCGGUCAAAGAAAAACAAAGGCCGCAGUGGGGUGUACUUUUGGCCGGGCUUUGGCGGCUGGAAACCAAUUCCCAGCUUCUACAGACACCCGAUUUGUAAGCUGAACUGUAGCGCUGUUGAUCCUAAAGACCUCCCUAGCCUACGCAACAAGACGCGAAGCUCGUUUCCACCCUACGAGCACUGCUAUCCCGACUUUUUUAACGAAACUGAGACAUUUCCUCGUCGAGUCGACCGUGUCAUUAGCUGGCUAAAAUCUGAUGAUCCUCCUCGCUUUGUCGCGUUGUAUAUUGAUGCACCGGAUUGGAAAGGUCAUUCGGGCGGUGCUUUGUCCAAAGUCUACAAAGACUCUAUUGAAGAAGUGGACCGGGAUGCUGUGGGUUAUCUCAUGGACCAGCUUAAGAAUGUGUCGUUAAUUGACAAAGUGAACGUGAUCUUCGUAAGCGAUCAUGGCAUGGUGAACGCAUCUUCAGAACGAGUGAUCGUUUUGGAAAACUACAUCGACCCGUCAACAUACCGACUGGUAGAGGGUGGAACUAUUGGGCACAUCUGGCCAAAUGAGGGCAUGUUAGACGAAAUCUACAACAACCUGACGAAACCCAACACUCCUGAUCACUUAGUUGUGUACAAAAAGGCAGAUAUCCCUGACGAAUACCACUGGAAACACAAUCGGCGUAUUCCGCCCCUUUAUCUUGAACCAGACCCCGGGUGGACUUUAGCCAAGACCAACGCUUCCGUCAGACAAGGAACAUGGGUCCGAGGGGAUCACGGCUGGCCACCACAGAAAUCGAAGACGCAUUCUAUUUUAUUCGCCCAAGGGCCUGCAUUCAAAGUGGGUUACGAGAUAGAGCCCUUCUCUAUUCUUGAUCUUUAUCCAAUGAUGUGCGAUUUACUGGGUAUAGAACCUCGCCCUAACAACGGAACCAUGGCAACUGUUAAGAAGAUGUACAAAGACGAGCCUGACGACGAGCCUGACGGGAAGAAACCGACCGCUGGUCAAUGGAGCGUGAUCACGUGGUCAUCUCGUGCGUUAGUUGCCGCUAGUGCUGUUGCUGUUACGAUGGUGUUGUGACAUUUCUUCUAAGUUUGUUGUCCUUCGUUCAUUUCUAAGCUUUAGUUCGCAUACUGGACAGUAUGAAGUACAGAGAUGUGAACAGGUUACUCUUUUCUAGGGCCUGGAGCACAUUGUGUAAAACUUGUUAUUUAGCAGCCAUGAUUGUUAAUUGAGUGCUUUUGUUAAUCCUUAUUCAUAGCAAGCAUUCAUUGCAGAGAAACUUUUAUUAAGCGCGGAAAACCGUUUCGGUAGAUCCUGGACUUCUCCUCCAUUUUAAAGUUUCUUGUUAAACAAACCGCCUGUAUUUAACACCCACGGGUGUUAAAGGAGCUGUGCCAUAAAUUAAAAUGUAUCAAAAUGCAGACAGUUGGGAUCGCCAGCAAAUUGAGUUGACCAUUUACUGUGUAACUGCUCGAAAGAUUAAAAGAAGGUAUAAAUAAAACAGUAGAUAUAAAAGUAGGCGACAAACUUGAAGAAGAUCUAAACGGAUUGCAAUUGUGGUUUUAAAGUUUAACUCGUUGUUUGUAACGUUUGAUAUAAUGCUUAGGAGACAUUUUUGUCCGACAAGAAGCUGUGAUUUUGUCUGAUUUAUAAUGAACAAGAAAGCCGUAACACUGUCCUUUUUAGCGGACACUAGAGACUCGUGAUUGCUUUCACCAGGACUUUUUAGAAGCUUGUUUUUUAAAAUGGCACUAUACUUUAGAAUGUAACAUUUUAUUAAAAUGUGAAACAACGAUUGUGAGGCUAGCUGCUAAGCUAAGCAGUUGUUAUCAUUUUGUUGUCUUAGUUUCUACUGAUGAAGCCAAGGAUUCGAGGAACCUUUUAAAAAUAACUUGCAUUUUUUUUUUUUUUUAAUUGACGACUUUUAAUGAAUUUUUUGCCAUGCCUGAAAGGACGCAGUCGUUUCGCGUGAAUACUCUGAACUAAAAUACAAAUUUUCUCUUUUGAAUGGAGAUAGAGCGAAAUUUAAAGCUUGUGUCAACACGGCGGCGGCGAUUUAGCCUAUCGCGUUAUAUGAGGUGACUGCGUUAUAUCGCGUCACUACCCAGGGUCCGUAGGAUCGUGGGAGUGCAUUACGUCACGAACUCUACCUCACUAGACGCCAAACGCUCGAGCCUUUUCAAGAAUAUAAAAAUGGGGACAACAACUAGUAUUUGCCCUGUAAUUUGCUUCGUUUUCUUUUGCAUUUUUAACGGCAUCUCUUCCAAAGAAGAGAAACGAGCGAACAAAGACACCGUGAUUAUGGUCUCCCUGGAUGGCAUGGGAUGGCAGCCCGCGGGGGGGUACCCCCUUACAUUACCUAUACGGGUAUGUGUCGCCCAACGGGGUCGUGAUUUUGAAGCUCCUGAUUUAGAACGGGGUAUCCAUUUCAGAGGCGUUUUCUAGAACGGGGUGUAAAAAAUGUGGAUCGCGGCUUUAUCUUCUGCUUAAAAUUGUUGCUGAUUAUGAAGACAGUUUGCCGGUACUCCAAACUUAGAUGCAGUGGGUAGGAACGGAGUUCGAGCUAAGCAUACUUUCAAUGUUGUCCCAACAAAAACUUGGCCCACUCACCACUCCUACCUAACAGGUCUUUACCCAGAAAGCCACGGUAUUGUCUCCAACAAGUUCUGGGAUCCACUUUACCAAGAGAUGUACAUUUACGAUUACGACUGUUCGUCGAAGGAUCCCAAGUUCUAUAAGGCUGCCGAACCGAUCUGGCUGACGCUACAGAAACAAGGAGGAAAGAGCGGGUUAUAUUUCUGGCCCGGAGAGGAAGGCUACACCGAAAAACCCACGUAUAAUGAGAAACCCUUUUGCCUUGUGAAUUGCAGUGCAAUUGAUCCGAAGGAUCUGCCUAAAUACAGGAACAGAACACGCCCCACAUGGCCGAGUUACAUCCACUGUUUUCCUAAUUACACUGAGCCAUUCAAAAGCCGGUUGGAUAAGGUAAUUAACUGGUUAAAAUCUGAGGAACCACCUCAGUUUGUAGGGGUGUAUAUUGAUCACCCAGACUGGGAGGGUCAUGAUUACGGCUCGCAUUCCAAACAGUAUAAGGAAGCCAUUGAGAAUAGCCUGAGUAUCAGGCGUUUCUGGGGAAAAGGGGAAAGAUGGAAGCAAAAACUGGAGAGAGGUGAAGGAGAGAAACGCCUGACACAGAUGCUUUUACUGGAGCCUUCCACCCCCACACAGCAUGAUUCGAUACCAUCCAAUCAAAAUCACUUCCGGUCAUUGGGUUGUCAGCUUCACGUGUCAAAAAGCUCGCCUAAAAUAAAUCUCACUUUACGGUCUGGCCCUUUGUCUGGCCAAGCUCCGGAGCCUGUGUUGCUACGAUUUCGCUUUUUUCUGAAACCUCCAAUGAGGAGUUUUCGAAUACUUGUACUGAAAACCUGCCAUUUGUGAGGAAUUAUAGCAUGUUUUAGGAAUCGCGCUAGUGUAAGAUCGCCAACGCUCUGUUUGUAAAUAAACGUGUGCCCGGAAAAUUGUAAAUUGCUUUUGUUUACAGAGUUAAAUCAGGCGCUUGUCUGGCAGCUAAAAAGCUGUUGUUAUCCCUCGUAUUCUCGGGUGGUUGAAAGGAGCUGCAAGAAUAAAUAGGAAGGUGCGAUGAUGAAACACCUAUGCCUAGAAAUUACCAAGCAGCAGCAAAUUCCACCACUUCACAGAGAGCUCGUGAAAGCUGUUACAAGUUCAAAAAGAAGUGAGAGCCUAUAGCAAAGGUCAAUCCCGUUGGCGAAAUAUGAUGGCGCCCGCUUGAGCUUAAGACAUUUCAACAGUGAGAAAAUUUUGGAAGAGGAAGCGAACGAAUUCCAAUCACGUACGCUAUCGUAACCGCAACAAGCAAAGUCAAGCUUUUUAAAAGCAUUUGUGCUGUCGGCUAUCUCAAUACAUGGCUACCUCGCUCUAUUUUCAUUUACAGUAACAAUACCCUUUUAACGGCGGGAUGUUGUAAAUCUGAACUUAGAUAUCUGAAACACUGAUAUCGUCUUCUUUGUCCCGGUCUUGUGAAACCAUAUGAGGCUUUUCCAUACUCCGAGUACAUCUUUCCUUUACACUACGAGGCCUUGAAAACACAAUUCUUGCUCGGGUUUUAUUUUUAUUCCAGAAAAGAACUUGAGAGCGACUUCUAAAGCCUUUUUGAAUUCCUCUCUGCGUCUCUGUCUGUUAAAGUAUCACAUACCGGUAAGAAAUCAAAAACAUCUAUGAAAAAUUUCAAUGGCCUUCUCCUUGCCGAUCGCUCUUGCGGUCGGUGACGUCAGGGGGUAUUGUGUGUUAUCCAAUCACUGCCACAUCCAGAUUUUGGAUGUGUCACACAAUUUGCUGAAUGGUUUUGUGUCAGGCCUUCCUUUCUCUUCUCCCCCUCCCCCCUCCCCCUUAGGAAGGCCUGAUACUCAGGCUACAUUGAGAAGGUUGAUCGAAAGGUUGUUGGUUAUCUAACAAAGCGCUUGCGUGAUGUUAACCUCAUUGAUAACGUCAAUUUAAUCUUUGUCAGCGAUCACAGCUUUAAUAACAUUUCUUCGGCCCGUCAAAUAUUUUUGGAUGAUUAUCUCGACCGAUCCGCGUACAUGAUGACAGAAUCAACAGCUCUGGACAUAUCUGGCCAAAAGAUGAGAAACUGGAGGAAAUAUUUGAAAAUCUCACAAAGGUAA